AAUUCUUCAAAGCAAAACUCUGGGAAAGAUGAGGAGGUUUGUCCGAACAAGAAUGUCGAUUGGUGAGCUAUCGGUGUCAAGCAGCUGGAAUGCAAUGAUGAAGGCGCAAAGGAAAAGGAUCCAAGAGAAGAUAGCAAGCUCCAAAGAAAAUGAGAAUGCUCAACUCCGUUUUCGAACUGGAAGCUUGCAAAGGCAGACUGUAUCACUGCGCUGUUCCUUCGCUGGAGAGUGGAGAGAAAAGACGAUGUGGUCCUCUGGCUAGCUAGCUAUCAUGAGUGUUGCCACUUCUUGGUUCCACAAAUAAUCUCGUUGCGUUUGUCUGCUAGUCCAGUAGUGCGUUUCUAACCAUGGCCCCCAAUCAAAAGUUUCAAGCGAAUUCGCUCCACACUGCCCAUGACAAUGAGCCCUCCUUGUUGUUGGCCCAGCCCCAGCAAUACUUGCCAUUGACAAAUCAGCAGGUGCAAGACGAGACAGUCAUUCAGCAUGAUGCCACAGCCAUCAAGGAUCUUUCUGUCAACAAGCCGAUUUCCUCUGGAGUUGCCGUGGAGCAGAACAAUGACCGGAGGAAACAGGAUGAGAAUGAGAAGUAUUGGAACUGGCCUACGUUACCUCGUGACACAGCCGUGGUGAAGUGCUCUUCUUUCAAGAUCAAGGGGGGAAAGCAGCACAGCCAAGCUCACGACUUUUUAUUCUCGGCCGAUUUCAUUGAAGCCAAACUGGUGGCGGAAUCGCAGCGGAUUCAAGAACGAUUGCAACAGGGAGUCACCAUCAUCCGUGCGCCUCCCAGGGAGGAUGGUUACUGGGAGGAACGUUCUGGCAAGGACGUGGUACUCUCCAAUGCCAACCAAGCCGUGUCGGAACGCACGGGGUACUGGGAUUGGUCGCCCAGUGUCGAGACGGACCGUGCUCCUCUCAUCGCCUUGAUUCGUCAGGAAGAGUUUGCCCGGCAGCAAGUAUCGGCCAAGACCAUGGAACACCUGGAGCAACUGCCGCCUUCAACCGAACAUGCCGCCACAAAGUGUCGUCGGACCAUAUCCAACAAUAACAAGGAUGACGCUUACUGGCACUGGGAAUCACCUCCUACUACCAUCCAUGCCGAUCCCAGCACGGUCCAUGAUUCGUAUUGGGAAUGGAAUACCGAACGAACAACGACAGCCGAGGCGGCAGCCUUGCUGGCAUCCAUUCUAGAGCAUGAAGCUACUCGCCAGCUCUUCUCCAUCGAACAUGUGACUGACACACUUGUCGCAGGUGUGCAACAAGAAGAACACGACAGUGCUGGGUCCAAGCGCAAUAUGACCCAGGAAUCGGAGGACUACACAUACUGGACCUGGGUGUCUUCCUAACUAAUGACAAAGCCGAUGGGGAGGAUACACUUUGCUCUAAGGUGAUCAUCAGAUAGAUGGUUAUGAUCCAUUUAUCCCUUGCCUUGAA